CUAUUGUAGAAAAGAGAACAUGGCCCCUUUAAGUAUUUUAGUUACCCUUUCUGUGAUCUAGUCUCUUAUUGGUUGUUCAGUUACGCACUCUUUUGUAUAGAGCGUAAAGUUACGUUUUUCUUCUUUAGUUAGAUUUUGGGGUUGCUCGCAUGCUCAUCGCACGUCGGAAAACUGCCGUCCUGUGCCGGAGCAAGAGCACCUAGCAGCCACAUCAGUUUCAUACAAAGUGUGUGUUCAUGAACGAUACUGUUGGUGAGUGCGCUGUGAACUGUGACUUACAUCUGUGCAGAACAGUAAACUCUGUGAACGAAUCCCCUUGUCGUGGCUCAUUUCACCCGCGUUUCCCACUGCAUCGACCCAAAGCAGUAGCACGACAACUGGUGUCAGAAGCGGGGAUUUAUCUGGAUGUGUUUGAAACUCCGUAAAUUAACCCAGAGGGAUUUUGGAUAUUGGCAAAAUAACAUAUGACAACAGUGGAUGUUGCAGUCGCAAGCUAAUUUGUUAGCGCUUCUUCAAGACCAGGCCGGAGGCGCGAGGUGGCUGACGUCAUCGCGCCCGAUGAGAACUGUGUUGACUCAACUACACUGUGAACUGUCAGAGGCAUUAGAAAAAUAAAUGCUCCUGGAGGACGUCUGUGAAGAUAAUUGACUGUAAAAAAAAAAAAAUAAUAAUAAUAAUAAUAAAAGAAAAAAAAGAAAAAAGAUAAAUAUAAGAAAAAAAACAAAGAAAAAAGAAAAGAAAGAGAGAGAAAAAUAACAAUAGAAACAAGAGAGAUAGUAAAUAGAGAAAUAUUAAAACAUGUCCCAGGAAGAUUUACACCAAAGAGCAAUGGCAGCAGCAGCCCCUGAUCCUGACCAACCUCCAGACUGGGUGAAAGUGAUGCUCGAAUGUCAGAACAAGAAUAAUGAGCAACUGCAAAAGAUGAUGGCUCCAAUAUUGAACCACAUUGCGAGUAAUACCCAAGCCCCGCAAACAUCCAUGUCCACUGCGCCCAGGUGGGACACCCGUGAGAGCUCACAGCCUACUGUCAGAGAGAGGCGGAUGCCUUACUCUGAUUCACCAUUGCCCUCAGAGAAUCCAGAGAGGUCACGCAACAUUACAAGUGGGCCAUUUGCUGCUGAGCUGGAAGUCAUACAACAGAGAGCACGUACUUCAGGCCCCACCAGAGUUACCCCCUCCAUAGAGACAAGUGUUAGACAUCGAAGUAGUGAGCGUGGCUCUCAGCUACUGCCACCUACAUACGCCGUUGAACAAAGACACAGUAUUCUUCCUCAUCAAGGCCAAGCCAUCCCUCAAGAGUGUCCCAGAGCAAAGCUCGCUAUUUUUGAUGGUAGUGGGGACUGGGAAUCGUUUCUAGUACCAUUUGAACGGCAGGCCAGGAAGUAUGGUUGGAGUGGAGCCCACAGAGUGGAUUAUUUGCAUGAAUGUCUGAGGGGGGCAGCAAUUAAGUAUGUCUGUUCACUUCCUGAGCAUAUUCGAGAAGACUACAUUCUUCUUAAAGAGCAGCUAACUCAACGUUUUGGUCAGCGAGACCCCCCAACCACAAUUAGAAGGAAGCUGGGAGAACUCCGCCAGUUUAAAGAGUCGGCAGCAGAGUUUGCAGAAGAGGUACAACGCUUAGUCACUUUAGCAUACCCUGGUGUGGAGCUUGAUCUGCAAGAUCAACUUGCCACAGAUUUCUUCCUCAAGGGGCUUCGUAACCAAAAGGUGGCUUAUGAAGUAAUGAACAGAGAUCCUCAUUCAUUAGUGGAGGCUCAAAGACUUGUAGAGGCCCAUGAGCACAAUUAUCGAGCCACCGUGGGACGUGAUGUUGAUGCAAAAAGCAGAGCCAGGCGUAUUUCCUGGGCAGAUGAUGAUGAAGUGUCCAGUGAAACUCCAGCAGCAUCACGCAGGGUGCAGAGUCCAACUUAUAUCACUGCAGACCAGCUAGCUCUUCUUUCGCAGAAAACUGCAUUCCUAACAGAAACAGUGGAGAGAAUUAGUAAGAACUAUGUGACUGCUGACCAGUUUCACCUCCUGAUGGAGAAGAUGGAGCAGCUGCAAUCAAAACUAGACAAUGCUGUGGCCAAGGAGCCAAGAAAGCUGGAAGCAGCAAAUCAGGAAAAGAGGCGAGGUCGGUCUCCCAUACAAAGUGGAGCAGCACAAACCAAGUCCUACUCACCAAGUCCCAGCCGUGUUGGAACAGGUCUGUGUUAUCACUGUGGUGAAGAAGGACAUUUUCGCAGAGAGUGUGUGAGGCUGUCAACCCCACCACCUAACUCCAGUCAAAGUAGUAAGGAGCAGAACCGCAGUACUGCUCCAAGGGAUGUAGUAAGCUGGAGAAGCCAGUCCCCUACACCACAGGUGGGACGCACUACAAGUAGAGGCCCAAGCUUGCUCAUUGAUGCAACUGUGAACAGCAUUCCAGUGAAAGCCGUUGUAGACACAGGAGCUGAAGCGACGGUUAUCUCAGAAACCUUGUAUCAGCAGUUUCCCUUAAAUAAGCAGACAGCUUUAACACAGACAUGUCUCCAUAAUGCAGAAUCAGGGAAAGACAUGAGCGCCAAAGCUGGACUAAAAGUUAAAUUCCAAAUCGGUACAUGGAGUGCAGAAUGGGAAGUCUUUGUGGCUCCGAUACGUGACUCUGUUCUUUUGGGCCUAGACCUCCUGCAGGCUGCAAACAUAACAAUCCAUUCUAGUGGCAGAGUUUUCAUUGAGGAAGAGUUGGUUCCCGCUAAGAUUGUCGGAGGUGAUGGAACAGACUACCAUGUCGCACGAGUGGUCCUGGAGACAGACACAAUGUUACCGCCAGAAAGUGAAUGUCUUGUCUGGGGUGAAGUUGACAAUCCAAAACCUGGUGUCUGUGCUGUUUUGGAACCCUACCUGAUCACAGAAACUGUGGCUUCUGGAAGUGUUGUCACAACCAUGGAGCAACGGGUGAUUGUAAGGCUUUGCAAUCUUUCCAGCAAUAAGACCACCUUGCUGAAAGGAGCCUGUCUUGGUCUCUUGGUUGAAACCUAUCCAGAUGAGAGCUCAUCACAUUAUACAGAGCAAGAAGAGGACUGUAGCGUUCAAGAGCAGAGUGAUAACACAAUUUAUUCGGAACUAAGAAGACUGUCAACUGCCACUGACUUACCUGAGCACCUCCAAGCCCUUUACGCUGCUUCAAGUGGAACAUUAAAUGAAGAACAACAACAGCGAUUUGUUGAGCUCUUGCUCUCAUACAGAUUUCUUUUUGCCGUUUCAGAUGCUGACCUUGGUUUCCUAACAGUUGUUACACACAAAAUAAAUACUGGAGCUGCUGGGCCAGUACGCCAGCCAGUAAGACGGACUCCACUCGGAUUUCAAGGGGAAGAGGAGAGGCAUCUCAAAGCUAUGCUGGAAGCAGGAGUUGUUACACCUUCCUCCUCAGAGUGGGCGUCCCCUGUCGUGUUAGUCCGUAAAAAGGAUGGUGGAGUCCGCUGGUGUAUCGAUUAUCGACGCCUAAACAGCCUGACAACAAAGGAUGCUUAUCCUCUCCCCAAGAUUGAGGAAUGCCUGGAUGUCCUUGGUGGCGCUUGUGUCUUCUCUACCCUAGACCUCCAGUCUGGGUACUGGCAAAUUGCAGUAGAUGAAAUGGACAGACCAAAGACAGCCUUCAUCACUCGCUAUGGCCUGUAUGAAUACACCCGUAUGCCCUUUGGAUUGUGCAAUGCUCCAAGCACUUUCCAAAGGGCAAUGGAGUUUGUUCUGCGAGGACUUCAAUGGGAAACCCUUCUGAUUUACUUGGAUGACAUCAUUAUCCUGGGUAAAGGAGUAGACGAGAGCCUUGAUCGCCUUGCACUCGUAUUCCAACGCCUUGACAGUUAUGGGUUGAAGCUGAAGCCGUCCAAGUGUCAACUACUCAAAGACGAAGUCCUUUUUCUGGGCCAUGUGGUCAGUGGUGAGGGUAUCCGCCCUAACCCAGCUUUGAUUAAAGAUGUAGACACUUGGAAAACCCCCACAAGUGUGCAUGAGCUAAAGGCUUUCCUUGGACUGUGUAACUACUACAGGAAGUUUGUUCCGGCAUUUUCUGAGCUGGCCAGCCCCCUAAAUGAACUCCUUCGAAAAGAAGUGACAUUCAUGUGGACUGAGGAGCACCAGAAUGCCUUCACACAACUCAAGGAAAGAUUGACUUCUGCACCAAUACUGGGGUAUCCUUCAACAGAAGGGAAAUACAUUCUGGACACAGAUGCGUCAAAUCACAGCAUCGGAGCAGUGUUAUCACAACUCCAGUGGGGAGAGGAAAGAGUUAUCACCUAUGCAAGUACCCACCUUACCCCAGCUCAGAAAAGAUACUGUGUAACAAGGCGAGAGUUGCUAGCUGUUGUCUGCUACACCCGCCAAUUUCGACACUACCUGCUUGGUAAGAAGUUUCUUUUGCGCACUGAUCACAACAGCCUUACCUGGUUGUUCCGUUUCAAACACCCUGAGGGACAGCUUGCUCGAUGGCUGGAAGAGCUGAGCCAGUAUGAUCUCGUCAUUGAGCACAGGGCUGGAAAACACCAUUCAAAUGCUGAUGCGAUGUCAAGACGUGAUGGUGAGAUUCCCAAUACGUGUAACUGUUAUCAGGCAGGGAAGAAUGUUUCAGAUUUGCCAUGUGGAGGUUGUCAACAUUGCCAAAGACUCCAUGACCACUGGGAGAGGUUUGAAGAAGACGUUGACGAUGUUGUGCCACUUGCAGUAAGGCGCAUUGAGUGUGAAACAGAGAAACACAAUGACAACACUGAACGCAAUGACAUUUGCACAGGCGAAGAGAACAGAUCAGUUUCAGAGUUGCUUGGAGCGCCACAUGUUAACUGGUUAGAAACCACUACCAAAGAACAGCUGGCUCAACAACAAAAAGCUGAUCCUGACCUCUCAAUCUUGCAUGAGUGGAAAAAUAGUGGAACCAUUCCCACAAAGGAGCAGGUAGCAUUGAAAAGUCCAGCAGUAAGGAAAUACUGGUUGUGUUGGCCGCAAGUCGAAUUACACCAAGGUGUUCUCUUCUAUCGUUGGGAAAGACCUGGAGGACUCAGCCCUUCCCUGCUGUUACUAGUACCAGUUUCAAUGCAAGCAGAAGUGUUGCAAGCCUGCCACAACCCACCCCAGUCUGGCCAUUUGGGGGAAGGCAAAACGUUAGAGCGACUCCGUCAGAGUUUUCACUGGCAUGGCAUGGGUGGAGAUGUACAUUUGUACAUACAACGGUGCAAACACUGCAAUGCCUGUAAAUCUGCAGGACCUACUAAGAGAGCCAAACUUCAAAAUUACCAAGCAGGGGCCCCAAUGGAUCGGAUCCACAUUGAUAUACUGGGUCCAUUUCCUGUGUCCAGUUCUGGAAACAAGUAUGUUCUCAUCAUCAUUGACCAAUUCACUCGAUGGGUGGAGGCAUUUCCUAUUCCAGACCAAGGCGCAGAAACAACAGCUAGGACAUUGGUUUAUGAGUUCAUUUCCCGUUUUGGUGCACCACUCGAACUGCACACAGACCAGGGUCGCAAUUUUGAAAGUUCACUAUUCAAGAAUGUUUGCAGUCUUUUGCAGAUCACAAAAACAAGGACGACCCCUUACCACCCUGCCUCAAAUGGGCAAGUUGAGCGGUUCAACCGCACACUCCUUCAGAUGAUUCGCUGCUAUGUGAACCAGAAUCAGAAAAACUGGGAUGAGCAUCUUCCUCUACUUACAUCAGCAUAUCGUAGCUCCCAACAUGCAGUCACGGGAUUCACACCAAAUAGGCUGAUGCUUGGAAGAGAAGUCUACCAACCUCAGGAUCUAUGGUCUGGCAUAGCAGAGCAGAGGUCAGAUAGUUUGGCAGUUCCCGACUUCCUGUACAACUUGGAAAAGGGCUUAAGAGAAGCACAUGAUGCUGCCAGAGAGCACCUCCAAACAGCUCAACAACGUCAAAAGAAGACGUAUGAUCUCAGGUCUCAAGAGAGGACGUAUAAUGUGGGAGAUCUUGUGUACAUGAGGGACAGCACCAAAAAGAAGGGACAAAGUCCAAAACUCCAAGCACCUUGGAAAGGGCCCUUUGUGAUAUCUGUCUGCUGUGGCCCGGUGCUUUAUGAGGUCCAGGGGUUACGACAAAAGAGAAUCAUGCAUCAUGACCGUCUUAAGCCUUAUGACUGUGAGGUGAUUCCAGCAUGGGUUAAGCGUCAAAGGAGUCAGAUCCUGCAAAAGAGCAAAGAUACCACUAGUAAUCCUAUAAUUCAAGAGCCUUUGCUUGAUCCUGAACAGCUCGCAACCCAGUACAGCAGUGAAACAGAUUCAGUUUCUUCUGACCCUGAGCCCAAGGAAAACCAGGACAAAGGAAGAAAACGUCAACCAGCAGCUCGUCGACGAAGGCAAAAAGAAAGGGAACUUGGGCUAAUGUCAGACCUAGGACAAGAAGAGACAGUCAAGAGGACAAACAGAGGAAGAGAAAUUCGUAAGCCUGCAAGAUACAAUAAUUAAGAGGAAAAAAAAAAAAAAAAAGGAAUGACUGUGUUCCAGACUUUCAGUUAAGUACUAGUACUUAUGGAAUGUUAUUUCAGAGUUAACGCCUUGAAGGACUUUUCCAGACUAAAGAUACUGUUUAUUAUUACAUGCACUAUUUCUUAGUUACUGUUAUGCUAUUUUUACUGAAGGGACUCAGUACUGUUAAAAGAGGGGGAAUAGUGUAGAAAAGAGAACAUGGCCCCUUUAAGUAUUUUAGUUACCCUUUCUGUGAUCUAGUCUCUUAUUGGUUGUUCAGUUACGCACUCUUUUGUAUAGAGCGUAAAGUUACGUUUUUCUUCUUUAGUUAGAUUUUGGGGUUGCUCGCAUGCUCAUCGCACGUCGGAAAACUGCCGUCCUGUGCCGGAGCAAGAGCACCUAGCAGCCACAUCAGUUUCAUACAAAGUGUGUGUUCAUGAACGAUACUGUUGGUGAGUGCGCUGUGAACUGUGACUUACAUCUGUGCAGAACAGUAAACUCUGUGAACGAAUCCCCUUGUCGUGGCUCAUUUCACCCGCGUUUCCCACUGCAUCGACCCAAAGCAGUAGCACGACA